UGAAAGAAUGAAAUUGAAACUCUUUAUUUAUAAAUUCAUGUAAAGGGUAAAAUGGUCAUUUGGUAUUUAUUCAGGGCGUUGAAGGGAGAUUUUUAGGGCGUUUAACAACCUGCCAAUAUAAUAAUUACGUUCCAGCAUUAUGAUUUUGUUUUGAAAUAACGAUAAUUUACCUGAAAAUUGGUAGUAUAAAAUGUUAAAUAAGAUCAAACUUCUCUUUCCUAUUUGUCACAUUGUCAUUAUUACUUCAAAAACAGCCUGAAGAAGAUAGAUCUAUAUAGAUAGAUCUUUCGCCCACCAAAAAUUCCAUUCCAACCUCUCAUGUCGUCAUCAUCAGAUAGUUGCAACUCUCGCCACUUUUCAUGGAUCAUGAAAUCUUGUUUCCCCAAUCCCCAUCACCCCCACCACCCGCAACCUUACGCCGCCAUCGCCGCCGCCGCCGCGGCCACCGCCACCUCCCCGGUAACCAACAUUUCCGCCCUCCCGGAUGACAUUCUCUUGGAAUGUCUCUCUCGAGUCCCCCACUCCUCCUUGCCUUCCCUCCCUUCGGUGUGCCGCAGGUGGGCCCACCUCUUAGAUUCACAGGCAUUUCAUUCCCUCCGGCGCAACCACAACCUCCUCCAUCUGACCCUGUUUUCCAUCUCCGUUCAUUCUUCGACUCUCUUCACGGCGAGCCACCGUUUGGAUUACGAUUCUUCUUGGCGGGUUUCGUCUUUUGUCCCCUCCGAUGACGCCGUUUCGCGACACGGAUCUUUGCAGUCUCUGUUCUCGCAUUCUAGACUCGCCGCCAUUGGCCGGAAGAUCUACAUUAUCGGCCGGGAGGCGAUGCUCCGGUGUGACACGUGGACUGGGACUUUGGUCCCGAAAUCCGGAAUGCUGGUGCAGAGGAAGAAAUUCGCCGUGGCUGUGGUGGACGAGAAAUUAUACAUCGCCGGAGGGUGUUCCCGUUCGGCGGCGUUGGAGGAGUACGACCCAGUUGAGGACACAUGGCGCGUGGUGUCUCAUGGCCCGAGAAGGAGAUAUGGCUGCGUCGGAGCUUCCGCCGACGGCUUGUUUUAUGUGAUUGGGGGUCUGAAGAUUGGGAAUUCCGAGAAUGAGUACUCGAAUUUGACGUCACGCGUCGCCGGAGCCGAGUCGGUGAAUCUCUACGCUAGCUCAAUGGAUGUAUACGAUGUGUCGGCAGGUGUUUGGUUGAGGAGCAGGGCUGUUCCGGGCGGCGGCUGUGUGGUGGCUGCCUGCGCCGCCGGCGGAUUCGUCUACGUGCUUUCCAGCCACGCGGUGGAGGUAUCAUUUUGGAGAUUCAAUGGGAUGAGAAAGAGUGCCAAUUUCGGAGAAUGGUGCCGGAUGAAGAGCCCGCCGUUGCCGGCGCAGGUGAGACUGGACAGCACGGUGAGAUUCAGCUGUGUUGCUGUGGGGGAAGAAAAGGUGGUGCUGAUUCAAGUAAUGGGUUGCAUAGAUGACUUGUUGAGGAGAGGUGGGAGGAACGAGAGAGGUUUGAAAGAAGGAUUGGUGCUGAUUUACGAUUGCCCCGCCGGGGAUUGGACCAGAGGGGCUGAUCUGCCGGAGGUGAUCAGACGCGCCGCCUGUGUUUGUGUCACAUGCUAGUGACCUAUGCGCCUAAAUAAGGGAAGGUCACAUUGGCUCACGAGCCCUUUGUUGUUUUUUGUGUACCAAUCUUUUUGACUAUUUUGGCACUUUUCAGGCUUUUUUCCUCGUCACGAAAGGGCAAAAAAAAAAAAAAGGGAAAAGUGAAAAUAAUUGGGACUAUACAUUUAUUUAAAGGAUUAUAGAUUACAUUUUAGAUUUUUAGGAUCAUUAGCAUGAUUGUACGAAAUUUUAUUAAAAAAUCUGAUUAAAUUAUUUUAUUCAAAUUUUUUUUUUUUUUGAUGCAGUUCAAUAUGAGAAUGAUUCUUUGGAACUAAUGCAUCAAUGGUCUCUUCACCUGAUGGAUUCUGAAUAUUUCGGAGGUGGCUAUAGAUUUAUUUUUCCCGGUUGUUUAAACCUUCUUAAUGGUAGAGAUGACUUGUUUGGACGAUAUCUACAUUUCAUUUUACCACUUAAAAAUGAAAAGUGUUUCAAGUUGAAAACUAAAUGGGAAAUAAAAAUGUCAUUUGGAUAGUAUUUUGAGCAAAAAGUUGUUUUGAUGUUGGUUUUG